AAGAGAAAAAGAAAGGGGGUUUGUGUUAUGGCUCCCAUAACUUUUAGAAAAUCUUACACUAUAGUACCGGCCGAACCAACGUGGAGCGGUAGGUUUCCCUUAGCCGAGUGGGAUCAAGUUGGUACAAUUACUCACAUUCCCACCCUUUACUUUUACGACAAGCCAUCUGAAUCUUUCCAAGGCAAUGUAGUCGAAAUCCUAAAAACCUCGUUGAGCCGUGUGCUAGUCCAUUUUUACCCUAUGGCUGGCCGUCUCAGAUGGCUCCCUCGGGGACGGUUCGAGCUCAAUUGUAACGCCGAGGGAGUGGAAUUCAUUGAAGCGGAAUCUGAGGGGAAGCUUUCGGAUUUCAAAGACUUCUCUCCUACGCCGGAAUUCGAGAAUCUUAUGCCGCAAGUAAACUAUAAAAACCCUAUCGAAACGAUUCCUCUAUUUUUAGCUCAGGUAACCAAAUUCAAAUGCGGUGGAAUAAGCCUUAGCGUCAACGUUUCCCACGCGAUCGUAGAUGGCCAAAGCGCGCUUCACUUAAUAUCGGAAUGGGGAAGACUCGCGCGCGGUGAACCGUUAGAAACCGUUCCAUUUCUAGACCGGAAAAUCCUCUGGGCUGGUGAACCGCUCCCACCGUUUGUGUCGCCCCCAAAGUUCGACCACAAAGAGUUUGAUCAGCCACCGUUUUUGAUCGGAGAAACGGACAAUGUAGAAGAGAGAAAGAAGAAAACGAUUGUGGUGAUGCUACCACUGAGCACAUCUCAGCUGCAGAAGCUACGAAGUAAAGCCAACGGAAGCAAACACUCUGACCCGGCGAAAGGGUUUACAAGGUACGAGACCGUCACCGGACACGUGUGGAGGUGCGCGUGUAAAGCACGUGGCCACUCUCCGGAGCAACCAACGGCUCUAGGAAUCUGUAUAGAUACUCGUAGUCGGAUGGAGCCACCUCUGCCACGCGGCUACUUCGGCAAUGCUACUCUUGACGUGGUCGCAGCAAGCACCUCAGGUGAACUGAUAUCGAAUGAAUUGGGUUUCGCGGCGAGUUUAAUCAGUAAAGCCAUAAAGAAUGUAACAAACGAAUACGUGAUGAUUGGGAUAGAGUAUCUUAAGAACCAAAAAGAUCUGAAGAAGUUUCAAGAUCUACAUGCCUUGGGAAGCACGGAAGGUCCAUUCUACGGAAACCCAAAUCUUGGAGUGGUGAGCUGGUUAACUUUGCCAAUGUACGGCCUUGAUUUCGGAUGGGGCAAAGAGUUCUACACGGGACCAGGCACGCAUGACUUUGACGGCGACUCGCUGAUCUUGCCGGAUCAAAACGAAGAUGGCUCGGUGAUUCUCGCGACGUGUCUACAGGUGGCUCACAUGGAGGCCUUCAAGAAACACUUUUAUGAAGAUAUCUAGGCCUUAUAUGUUUUUUAUAUACAUGACGUAUACAAAUAUUUAUGCACUUUCAUUUGAAUUCUACUUAUAUUGUAGUGAUUAUUGAAUUGUAAUAACAGAUUCUAAACUAUAUAUUAUUGUUCUUACUACAAUGGAAUUAACAUUUAA